GUGCUUUGUCAGGUGAUUAUUAGCGCGCCAUGGCAGGUGAAGCGCGGUACUUGGGACGGUCGACAUUGAUGGAAGUGCGGGCGGUGCUGGUUGCAGAGAAGCUCAAAACGUUCAUCGGGGGUCUCCAUUAUGUGAGCAAGGCCGGCAAGGAGAUGAGCAUCGAGUGCUACGCAGAUUCGUUCGUGUUGCGUGCAUUGAACGAUUCCCACUCCGUGUCGGCCGAGAUCACGUUUGCAUCUUCGUUUUUCACAGAGUACGUGCUUCCGUCCGAGCUACAACGACGCGUCGUGACGGAUGCAUCUCCCCUUGUCAAGUGCACGACGUUGGCGAGUACGCUCCUCAGCAUCUUCAAGUCGACAAAGAACGUCAUUUCGGUGGACAUCGUGCUCGAGCUCGAAGGCCAGCCGUCAAACGAAGACAUGUUUGAUGCAACUAUGAUCGCGUUUCAACUCCAUUGCGACCGCAUGAUCACCAAAACCCACCGCAUUCGACUCACACAAAGCCAAACCAUGCGACCUGUGUUUGACAAGGCCAACUCCCCGUCCCGAAUAAAGCUGCGUCCGUUUCACUUGAUGACAUUGCUGCAGCAUAUUUACGGCACGGACGAAGUCGUCAUGUCGUGUUCGUCGGCACAAAUCAAGUUUGAAAGCUAUUACACGAAUCCAUUGGAUGUCAAGAACCACGUUCACACGGAAACCACCGUGGACAACUCCGAGUUCAUAUCGUGCGUGAUCCAAGACCAUGGUAGCACCAACGGUGACACAGACGAAAGCGAAAUUCUCCAACUCAUUUUCUGCUUGAAAGAAAUCAAGGCGUUACUCGCGUUUUGUAUCGCCAGUGCCCUGCCAGAGCUGAGUUUUUACUUUAGUCGCGGAGGAAGUCCUGUAUUAUUCGCGGCAGAAGGGUCGACCUUUGGUGCUGAAAUCGUGCUCUCCACCGUAACUACGUUUGUCACUGGGCCAUCGCAAGCGACCAAGUAUGUGAUAUUGUAUUGGAGUGGGAAUAUCAUUUCCAGCAUGCUUGUAGCUCCCAAGAAGCCGAAUACUCGCAACAGAAGCGGCGUCGGCAAGCCGAGUAAUCGCUUCGAUCAUCUGGCUUUGGUUCACCACGACGACGACGCUAUUGUUAUUCAAGUCUUCUCCGAUGUGAUAAAUAAGUUCGAUUUUCGGUGGAGUAGACAUCAAACCCCGGGCCUAUUUGCAGGUUUUCAUUUUAGAAUGCCGUCCACAAUGCGAUCAAGAUACAGGUUCCCUUGGCCCCCUUGCAAUCUUUGCCCUUCCAGAUGACUUAAACAGAGAUUUGUAAACUGUAUCCAACAGUCAUGUGUUCUCAG